AUGGACUUUCAAGCGGCAACAGAUGCAAUCAAGUGCCGCGCCUUCCAGAUCGCGCUCACCGGUAGCGCGCGCCUGUGGUAUCGAAGACUGCCGGCUAGGUCGAUCUCGACCUACUCUCAGCUGAGAAAGGAGUUCAUCAGUCAGUUCUCUUCUUGGCAUUAUGACAGAAAGACAGCGACUCAUCUCGCCACUAUCAGGCAGAAGGAAAGAGAGACGCUGAGAGAGUAUGUCACGAGGUUCCAGGAGGAGCAGUUGAAGGUCGCGCACUGCUCCGAUGAUUCGGCCAUGUGCUACUUCCUCACCAGCCUGGCCGAUGAGACCUUAACAGUAAAACUUGGAGAGGAGGCUCCAACCACCUUCGUCGAAGUCCUACAGAAGGCGAAGAAGGUCAUUGAUGGGCAAGAGCUCCUCCGAACCAAAACUGGCCGACCUGAGAAGCAGAUCGACCAGAAGAAGUUGAGCCAAGAGAAGAGGAAGGCUGAUUCCAAGUCUAGAGAUAAGGGAUCGUCCUCUUCCGCCAGCAGAACAGAGUACCGUAGGUUGGAGAGCGGCCCCAGCCGGAGCCGACCUUAUGAGCGGUAUACUUCAAGCACCAUUCCCAUCUCCGAGAUACUCACGAACAUCGAAGAGAGCGGGAUGGAAAAGCUCCUCAAGCGACCUGAGAAGCUCCGAGGAGACCUAGAAAAGCGCAACAAAGAGAAAUACUGUCGUUUUCAUCGUGAUCACGGCCAUAACACGACAAGUUGCUGGGAGCUGAAGCGCCAGAUUGAAGAUCUCAUUCAAGAUGGUUACUUCAAAAAGUUCGUGGGAAAACCGAGGUCUAACUCGGUCGAAAAGAAAGAAGAGAGGAAGCGUUCAAGAACGCCGCCUCGACGAGAGGACCGACCUGCGGUCAUCAACACUAUUUUCGGAGGUCCGAAUGGGGGCCAGUCCGGAAACAAGAGGAAGGAGCUAGCUCGCGAGGCCAGGCGCGAGGUAUGCAUCAUUAGGGAGCACAAACCUACUUGCUCCAUCACUUUCGGCGAUGCCGACCUGGAGGGGGUCCACUUGCCCCACAACGAUGCACUGGUGAUCGCCUCUCUGAUCGAUCAUGACCUGGUCAGAAGAGUGUUGAUAGAUGGAGGGUGCAUUGACCUGCCGGUAACUAUCGGGCAAGAUGCUACCCAAGUAACGCAGAUGGCCGAGUUCGUGGUAAUCGACGGCAGAUCGGCCUACAACGCCAUUUUUGGGAGACCCAUUAUCCACUCAUUUCGGGCUGUCCCCUCCACAUUGCAUCAAGUCUUGAAGUACUCAACCCCGAAUGAAGUGGGCAUGGUCCGAGGUGAGCAAAAAACCUCGCGGGAGUGUUAUGCAUCCGCGCUUAAAGGGUCGGCGGUAUGCGCCCUGGAAGAGCAAACCAAUCGUGGCAAGCUGCAAGAGUCCGAAGCAGACCUGCCAAAGGAAGGUAAAAGGCAAUUCCCCCCACCAACAGAAGAACUCGAGCUUGUUCCUUUACUCAGCCCUGAAAGACAAGCUAACCCAGAGAAGAUAAAGACCGUGCUCGAGAUGGAGGCGCCCAAGACUCUAAAACAGCUUCAGUGCCUCAAUGGCAGGAUUGCAGCCUUGAAUAGGUUCGUGUCAAGAUCAACGGACAAGUGCCUUCCUUUCUUCAAGUUUCUCAGGAAGAAAGGGUCGUUCGAAUGGACAGUAGAGUGUGAGCAAGCAUUAGAGCAGUUGAAAAACUAUCUAUGCUCGGCACCUCUACUUGCAAAACCAUUGCCAGGAGAGAAGCUCCACUUGUACCUGGCAGUAUCUGAUAACGCCGUCAGCUCGGCACUGAUCAAGUAG